AUGGAGGUCGCGCAAUCGAGCUACGACCCACGGGCUGAAAGCACAAAGUGUCCGCCAGCCGCGGACGGCAUGGAGCGGUUCGCGUGCCCCACUCCUGACAGACAGGGGCGUUACAGAUGUAUCGAUGACCACGUGCUUUGCGACGGCUUCAUCGACUGCCCAAGCGGGGAAGACGAAGAUCGUCAAGCCUGCAUGUUCUAUAAAACGACAAAGGCACACUUGGACGUACUCGCCGACGCGCUGCUGCGGUGGGCGCGCGGCCGUUAA